AUGGGGUUCGGACAAAGGUGGAGGAAUAGGGUGAAAGAGUGUCUAAGUACGGCAUCUAUGUCUGUGCUGGUUAAUGGAUCUCCAACCAGACCGUUCAAAAUGGAGAGGGGGUUGAGACAAGGUGAUCCACUAUCUCCUCUGCUGUUUGUGCUUUUGGUUGAUGUGUUGCAUAGGAUGUUGGGGGAGGCCGUGAGGAAUAGGCACAUUACUCCGUUACUGGAAUGGGUGGAGCAGGUGUGUGGCCUUUUGGGGUGUAAACAAGCUGGUCUACCAGUUCGAUACCUUGAGAUUUCGUUAGGAGCUAAUCCAAGACUAGUGAAGACUUGGAAGCCAAUCAUAGAUAAGGUGGAAGAGAAGCUCACCUUAUAG